GCGGACGGGACCGAGAUGUCAGACUCCGUGAGAGAUGAGACAAGAGCGCCAGGUGAUCGUCCCGACAAGAUCCACGUCGCUGUCAAAAGUCUCAGUGAGAUCAAGGAUUUCACCGUCCGAGGAGGCUGCACCGUCAGACAGCUGAAAUGGGGUCUAGCAGAGAGCCUGGGGGUCCCGGCAGAGCAGCUGGUCCUGAUGCACUCAGGCCGGGUCCUAAGGGAGUCAGAACUCCUGAGUCACCUUAAAGCACUGGAUGAGUCAGUCAGUCUCCGCGUGAUCAAACGGCCUCGGCAUCCGUCUUCUGCGCCAACCCGUGGUCCAGCAGCACCAGAAGUGGUCGAGUCGGACCUCGCAGCCAUUCCCGAUCCUGAUCCUGAUCCUGAUAGCAUCACAUCGUCUCCCACCUCUCCCCUUUGUCUGGUGGAGGGUCUGGACAGUCUGGGCCUAACAAACACUGGGCCUGGCUUCUUCCCUGCACUCCAGCGCCAAAUGGAGACCCAACUACUGGCUGACCCGGAGAUGAUGUGCCGUGUCUUGGGCAGCCCCUUCGUGCAGAGCUCCCUCUCUUCAUCCAGCCCUCAACUAACCAGACAACUUAUUAUGUCAAGUCCCCAAAUCCAGCAGCUCCUGCAGACAAACCCAGAGGUGGGAGAUAUGCUCAACGACUCAGAUGUCAUCACAGAGGUGCUGGAGCUCAUCAGGAACCCUCACAUCGUUGAGGAUGUGAUGCAUAAUGAAGACGGAGCAUUAGACAAUCUGCCGCCAGAGCAAAAAAACUCUGAAGCCAUCACUAGUGAUUCUGAUGGCCUUCAGGAGAUUGACAGAAAAAGACUCAAUAUAUCACAGAUCCAGAUGGAAGCACCCCCAGUAGUGACUACAUCAUCUGGGACUCAACAGCCAACCGAAGGCGAAAACAACGGGACUCAACCCGUCUCCAGUCAAUCCACAGAUCCUCUCAGAGAACUGACUGCCACGCCCCUACCUGAUCCAAACCCUCAGAGCACUGUUUCCUCAGGCAUGCAGUCACUGCUGGAGGAGAUCACAGCCAGUCCAGGCCUGAUGGAGAGCCUGCUGUCGGGCCCCUACGUCAGCAGUCUCCUCGGCUGCCUCAGCCAGAACCCUGACCUGGCUGCACAGAUGCUGCUGAGCCACCCUUUGUUCUCAGGAAAUCCACAGCUGCAGCAGCAGAUGAGGCAGCAGAUCCCUCUCUUCCUGCAACAGCUGCAGAGUCCAGAGCUGCUGUCAGCCAUGUUGAACCCCAGAGCCAUGGAGGCUCUGCUGCUCAUCCAACAGGGUUUACAGACUCUGGCUGCAGAGGCUCCUGCACUGAUACCUACAGCCGAUGUUAAUGCUGCCCCGGAGCUGGCAUCUGACUCUGUCCUUAACAGCCAAUCAGGAAAUGGUCCUCGAGUUGCCAUGGUGACAGAGCAGCAGCAGCAGCAGUUUGUGCAACAGAUGCUACAGGCGCUAGCUGACACAAAUCAUGGGGUCCAUGUUGAGGAGGCUGAGUUCCAGGACGAGCUGGAGCAUCUGAGCUCAAUGGGCUUCAGAGACCGAGAGACAAACCUUCAGGUCCUCAUCAGCACUGGAGGAGACCUCACCACCGCGAUACAACAUCUGCUCAGUCUCUGA